CGGCUCUCCCCCGGUAUGCAGAUGAUGGCGCUGCCGCCAAUGGCGGGCGCCGGGGGCGGGCACGGCACACGGUCACGUUUUCCACUCUGUGACAGAGGCUGGCCGGCUGCGUGCGGUGCUGCGGGCUGCGAACUGCUCUCGGCCGCCGGGGCAGCGGCCGCGGAGCGGGCAGACAACGCGCGGACCAGCGGGGACGCGGCACAGUGGAACCCAACCAAGAAGCUGGUGGAGCCCAAGGCCAGCCCAGCCCCGCUCCAGGAAGACGUCGACAUGAGCAGUGGCUCCAGUGGAAACGAAGGCACCGAAAACUGCUCCACAGGCCGGGGUUCGCGGGGCAGCAACUGUGAAGGCCACAGCAAGGAGCUGGGGGAGCCUCCCACCCACCGCCAGGGUCCAGAUGCCUUUAGCCUAAUGAUGGCGAAGUCUGAACACCACCCAUCUACAAGUGGCUGCAGUGAGCAGUCUGCCAGGGCAGACACACAUGAAGAACUGAUAAAAACGCUGAAGGAGCUGAAAGUCCACCUCCCUGCAGACAAGAAGGCCAAAGGGAAAGCCAGCACGCUGGCGACCUUGAAGUAUGCCCUGCAGAGCGUGAAGCAAGUGAGAGCCAACGAGGAGUACUACCAGCUGCUGAUGGCCUCCGAGAGCCACCCCUGCAGCGCCAGCGUGCCCUCUUACACCAUCGAGGACAUAGAGAGCGUCACCUCUGAGUUCGUGGUGAAGAAUGCGGACAUGUUUGCUGUGGCUGUGUCCCUGGUCACUGGGAAAGUCCUGUACAUCUCUGACCAAGUUGCUUCCAUCUUUCACUGUAAAAGAGAUGCCUUUCUCAACGCCAAACUCGUGGAGUUCUUGGCACCCGGUGACGUCAGCGUGUUCCACAGCUCCACCAUGCCCGACAAGCUCCCGCCAUGGAGCGACCGCAGCGGGCCAGAUUCUUUUACUCAGGAAUGCAUGGAGGAGAAAUCUUUCUUUUGCCGUGUCAGUGCCGGGAACAACCACGAGAAUGAGAUUCGCUACCUGCCGUUCCGCAUGACGCCUUACCUGGUCAGGGUGCGGGAGCCGCAGGGCGCCGAGAGCCAGCUGUGCUGCAUGCUGCUGGCAGAGAGAGUGCACUCGGGCUACGAAGCUCCUAGAAUUCCUGCUGAAAAGAGAAUUUUUACGACCACCCAUUCACCAAAUUGUUUAUUCCAGGAUGUCGACGAAAGGGCUGUCCCCCUCCUGGGCUACCUGCCUCAGGACCUCAUCGAGAGCCCUCUGCUUGUGCACCUUCACCCCAGUGACAGGCCUUUGAUGCUCACCAUCCACAAAAAGAUUGUGCAGUCGGGUGGGCAGCCUUUCGACUAUUCUCCCAUUCGCUUCUGUGCCUGGAACGGCGAGUACGUCACCCUGGACACCAGCUGGUCCGGCUUCGUCAACCCGUGGAGCCGGAAAAUCUCCUUCAUCAUCGGGAGACACAGAGUCAGGGUGGGCCCUUUGAACGAGGACGUGUUCUCAGCUCUGCCGCACGUGGAGGAGAAGAGUGCGCACCCCGACAUUCAGGAGCUCACAGAGCAGAUCCACCGGCUGCUGCUGCAGCCUGUCCCCCACAGCGGCUCCAGCGGCUACGGGAGCCUGGGCAGCAACGGGUCCCACGAACACCUCAUGAGCCAGGCCUCGUCCAGCGACAGCAACGGCCACGAGGACCCCUGCCGCAGGAGAGCCGGAAUUUGUAAAAAUGGUAACAAGGUCAAAAGCAGAAGUCAUCAUCCUGACGAAGCUGGGGAACAAAAGGGAAGGUCUGCUUCAGAAAGUUCCCCUGCUCCGAUGCAAGCUGUCCCCCUGAUGGAAAAGGACAGCUUAGGGACCAGCCUGCCGGAGGCCAGUGUUCCUGAAGAGCUGGCCUGCAAGAACCAGCCCGUCGGCUCCUACCAGCAGAUAAGCUGCCUGGACAGUGUCAUCAGGUACCUGGAGAGCUGCAGCGAGGCCACCACACUGAAGAGGAAGUGCGAGUUCCCGGCCAACACCCCUGCUCCACAGGCCAGUGACAAGCGGAGGGCCGGCCCCGGGCUGCGGCUGGCAGAGACGGCAUCGCCUUCCAAGGCAAACAGCUGCGCAGACGUUAGCACCCACCUGACCUCACUGGUACCACGGGGCAAGGCGGAGAGCGUGGCAUCCCUCCCCAGCCAGUGCAGCUAUAGCAGCACCAUUGUCCACGUGGGAGACAAGAAGCCGCAGCCUGAGCUUGAGACGGCGGAAGACGCAGCCAGCGGGCCCGAGUCUCCCGGGUGCCUGGCGGGCCCCCCGCUGCCCUGCAGCUUGGGCCUGGAGAAGGAGCCCUUCAGGAGGCUGGGCCUCACCAAGGAAGUGCUGGCCGCCCACACCCAGAAGGAGGAGCAGAGCUUCCUGCUAAAGUUCAAAGAGAGAAAGAAACUCAGCGUCUUCCAGUCCCGCUGCCACUACUACUUACAGGAGAGGUCCAAGGGGCAGUCGAGUGAAAGAACUGCUCCUGGACUGAGAAAUACCUCUGGAAUAGAUUCAUCUUGGAAAAAAACUGGGAAGAACAGAAAACUGAAGUGCAGACGGGCCAAGCCUCGAGCCUCCGCCGAGAGCCCCGGGUCUGGGGGGCCCAGGCCACACCGCCCCCCGCUGGCCGGCCUGGGCGCUGCAGCCUGGUCACCCUCGGGCGCGUCCCCGCCCAGCGGCCCUGCCGUGCCCUUCCCCCUCCCGGGGCCAGCCUACUCCCUGCGCGUGUUCCCACCCCCAGGAAUCGCGCCAGCACCCGGGGCCGCGGCAGCGGCGCCCGGGGCCCCCCACGCCGCUGUCACGGCCCCUGCCGUGCCCGUGGGCACCCAGCGCACGUGUGCGGUCCAGCCCCCAGCAUCCGCAGCCCCCUUGGCCCCGGUCAUGGCGUUGGUGCUGCCCGGCUGCUCUUGCCCCUCGGUGACCCCAAACUUGCCGCAGGCCUUCUUCCCCGGUCGGCCUGAGUCUUCCGGUCAGACCUCACUCCCCAAACAGCCAUGUGCUUGUCCUCAGUCAGGGGCUGGGCCACCGGCGUCACGUGCAGCCGCGCCGGCCUCCCCGCCGUUGGCCGCCGAGCCCACAGGCAGGGCCUCCCCGCCCCUUUUCCAGUCCCGAGGCAGCUCCCCCCUGCAGCUCAACCUGCUGCAGCUGGAGGAGGCCCCGGAGGGCAGCGCUGCAGCGGGGGCCUCCGGGACAACGGUUGCAGGGCCAGGCUGCAAGCCUGCAACGUCCCGGGACCAGUGGCCGGAGGCACCGCCCACCCACGGUGAGCCUGCCAACACCCAGAACAGCGAUGCCCUCUCUGCCUCCAGUGGCCUGCUCGACCUCUUGCUGCACGGGGACCUCUGCUCCGCCACAGGGUCGGCCCUGUCUGGGAGCGGGGCCUCAGCCACCUCUGACUCCCUGGGCUCCAGCUCGCUGGGCUGCGACGCACCCAGAGGUGGGACAGGCAGUGACACAAGUCACACCAGCAGAUAUUUAGGAAGCAUUGACUCUUCAGAGAAUAAUAACGAAGCAAGCGUGCAGGCGGACUUGGGGGACAGCGGACACUUCCUCAAGUAUGUCCUCCAGGACCCCAUCUGGCUGCUGAUGGCCCACAUGGAUGACAGCGUGAUGAUGACAUACCAGGUGCCUUCCCGGGACUUGGAAGCGGUUUUGAAGGAGGACAGAGAGAAGCUGCGGCUGCUGCGGAAGUUCCAGCCCAGGUUCACGGAGGGCCAGAGGCGGGAGCUGCAGGAGGCCCACCCCUGGGGGCAGCCCUGCGGGCUGCCCGCGGUGCUCCACGCGGCGGAGUGUGUUUACUGUGACAGCCAGGGACAAGUUGGCACUUGCAUGCCCCGUGAGGAAGAUAUGCCUCCUCUGGGGUUCACUGAAGCAGCAGACACCAGAGAAGAGGAGAGACCCCCACUGAGCCACAGGAAAGAACAGCAGGCAUGACCCUGGCCACACCCCGACAGCUAGCGAUCUACCUUAGAUGAUGCGGAAGAGGUGGACCUUCUACAUGCUGUUUCUAACGGAAUGGACAGAUACACUUACAUUGUUUUUUUUGUUUUAGAAAAAAAUAUAUACUUUUCUGAAGGGGUGAUUUAAGGGAUAGAGGGUGGGAAGGGUUUGGGGAAAAAUUAAUUUUGUAUUUAAAAUACAAAUAUGCAGCUUGGGAGGCAAGGGAAGAGCGUUCCUUGUUAUCUGAAAAAGACUGGAUCCCCUCUUUGUACGCGGGGGGAAGUUGCCCGAGUGCUCCCAGAAGGCCUUGGGCCAUGACAAGGCCUCUGUCCGGGGCACCAGUGUCCACCGGCCUCCUGUGGGUUGUCCCACACAUCGUACCAGACUGUGACAAAGAGCUAGGAUGCCAUAUGGGACUCCACGCCGGGGGCACUGGAUUUCCGGAGCCUCCCCAGAGUGUGUUUGGGCAAGUCUGCUCUCUCAGGAGCUGCUUUUCAUCUAAAUUAUCAUUUUGUCAGACUAGAUAUUUUUAAAACAUAACAAGUGGAGAUUCCAGCCUCUCCUAAUUUUCUUUCAAAAUGUUUCACUUUAAAUGGUGUGAAGCGUAGUUUGGCAACUGGCAGCUUCAGCUGCAGGUACUAGGGCGGGAAACAUCUCGAUCUGACGCAGCUUUCGUUGGGGGUGAACAAAGUUCAGAUGCUCAGUCUAGCCCAAAGGAGCCCAGUGGUGUGUGUAACCAGCUCCAUCAGAUUAACACACCCAGGCCUUUCUGCACAUUUCCUCAUUCCGCAUCCUUUGCAGACCCUGGCCGAGGUGUAGAUAAAAAUGUGUUGUCUGUCAUCUCUUUAUGGUGACUCUCCUCUGCACACCAGGCUUUGCUGGUCACAUACGGGACCCAUUCGUUGUCUGCUCUUCGCUGGAGCCUCCCAACAUCAGCUGUGGUCCUGGCAGGGAGCAGCCGCUGACACUGUGGGCCAGUAUUCCCAAGGGUGCUGUGAGCUCACCUCUCCCACCGCACCCUGGCCAGGGACACUGGCCCUUAUUCUUUUCAUGAGCCUGACCACCUGGUGCAGCUUCUGGUCUCUGUGGCAAUGUCCGUUAGUGCCACCAGCACUUUCAGGCAUUGCGACCCUUGGGAAGAGUGAGGGUGGUCUGCCCAACUUGCUCCAACCCUCAAAUUGUAUCAUCUGGAUGCAGAGAUUGGAAAAAUCAUGUUGGUCCCUGGAGUGAAUCAGGAGUUACCACGGAUGAAACCAUUGACUUAAAACUGGGUGAGUCUGCAGGAGCUGAGAAGGAAGCAGACUCCCCUCAUUCUCUGGGAAGCAGUGGGGCUGGAACAGAGAGUGUCUCCUUCAGUCUGGUUGGUUGUCAUAGUAAAACCAUCUGAUGGCUGAAUAUGAAUUCUAUUUUUCAUAAACUCAAACAAAAACAGUUUUUUUUUUUAAUUUGCAAACUAUCAUCACCGUCAGAUUCCCAAAAUGAAGUAGUUGUGCAUUUGUGUGGAAAUUAGAUGCUCCAACCGCUUCCUGCCUCUAAAGUCAGACCAUUAAGGGAUUUGAUGUUAGUCAAGUUUCCAUCUGUUACGUAGACUCAAAGCUGCCCAUUCUCUGCUGCUGUGAGUGGUCACCAUCUGCGGUGUCCAUUGAACGCAUACCCGUCGAUUGUUAACUGCGUAGCUUCAGCACGUGCUGAGAAGUUGACAGUAAGCAUUUUGUGAAACUGUUUACACUGUGCCAUGUAUCAGAUUGCGUACUCUUUAGUAUGUAUGCUUACAGGGGCUUAUAAAAACUUGCUCUCAAUUUUAAACUGAGCCUUCUUUUUAAUAUAUUCCUAAAAAGAUGUAACACUCUCAGAGUCUGUGUAAUGACUUGUUCAGCCUUGCCAGACAAUUGGUUUGUUCCUGUGCAAACCAAACUUUCUUCACCCAGUGCAGUAUAUCUGUUUGACUGCUUAUAUCUUUUUAUGACUUUUUGCCCUUUAGAAACUUGGUAAAUAAAACGAGUAUAUUUUUAUUUUUAAUUGUAUUUUAAUGUAGUACAGAAUAAAAACAAGAGAUAA